GCGCGGCGGGUGGCGGCGGGGACGCGCACGGCGGGGCCAUGGAGCGGUUCGGCGGCGGCGGCGGCGGCGGGCCCGGGGGGUACGAGGCGGCGGCGGCGGAGCAGUUGUCCCGGCAGCAGGAGCGGCACUACCGGCUGCUGUCGGAGCUGCAGGCGCUGGUGAAGGCGCUGCCCAGCCCCUGCCAGCAGCGGCUGUCCUACACGACGCUGAGCGACCUGGCGCUGGCGCUGCUGGACGGGACCGUGUUCGAGAUCGUGCAGGGCCUGCUGGAGAUCCAGCACCUCACCGAGAAGAACCUCUACAGCCAGCGGCUGCAGCUGCACAGCGAGCACCGCGGACUGAAGCAGGAGCUCUUCCACCGGCACAAAGAAGCCCAGCAGUGCUGCAGGCCCCACAACCUGCCGCUCCUGCGUGCAGCCCAGCAGCGGGAGAUGGAGGCCGUGGAGCAACGAAUUCGAGAGGAACAGCGAAUGAUGGAUGAGAAGAUAGUCUUGGAACUGGACCAAAAAGUGAUAGACCAACAGAGCACUCUGGAGAAGGCUGGGGUGUCUGGCUUCUACAUCACCACCAACCCACAGGUUGGUGUUUAGGCAGGAGUGAGCUGACUUUACAGAUGAAUUUACUGGAGCUGAUUCGGAAGUUACAACAGAAGGAAUCCGAGUCGGAGAAGGCUUUUUCCUGAAUGAGCAAAUCUGCUGUUUACUUCCCAGAGUUUUCUUCAGACUUCUCUCUAAAGAAUAGACUGUUAAUGCAUUUGCUUUAUGUUGUGUCAGGAAGAGGUUCCUGGCUGUAGAAGAAAUAGCUGAGGCCCUUAGAUAACCUUAGAGCCUAGAGCAGGCAGACCCCCAGAGCAGGGGGGUGGUUGGGGGGCAUCAUACUGCCUCUCUCCAGUCCUUAGAGCAAGAUGAGUGCUGCGCAGCUUGCUGGGACGAGAGAGGUGACGGAGGAGGGUGUUAAUCUGCCACAUACAGCCGGUGAGGCCGUUUACUAAGCUGGGGGAGGCUGGGCCAGGCACGGAGGCAGCAAACCCAGCCCAGCCGUACGUGGGUGACCCCUGUGUUUAGGUGUAUCAGGCUGAAUGGGUGAGCAAUGUGAGCUCCAAAUUGCAGUCUUCUCUUCUGAUUCGAGGAGGAGGAGCAAGUGUUGCUGGUAGGGAAUGGGAGAGGGGAGUAGCUGCCCUAUCAGACAGGGAGGAAAAGUGGGCUCACCAUCGGUAUUGCUUCACCAUAGCAGAUGGUUGGCAGCUGGGGGAAAAAAAGUCCAAGGUUUAUCUACGAGAUACUUCUUUGUGUGUUGAGGCAGAAAGAGCCUCAAACAGGCAGACCCUUCCCAGAGAGCCCUCUAGGCAGGUAUCGACAUCGGCUUUAUUAAAUAAGGAUUUCAGGCUUUUGGCCAGCAUUGCUGAGCUGUGAUGUUCGCAGCAUUCCCACCCGGCUCGGAUAGCAGAGAAGGCUUGAGAGCUUUUGCUUUGUUAAUUUAAACCAGUUUCCAAAUGGAGAGAAAUAAAAGUAUUUGCCCUGCCUUCUGGGGCUGCAAGUGUC